UUGUUUUGAUAACCGUGAUUGGCAAAUCCGCGAUAAACAAACCCCGCUGGCUCUGGUGAAUGUGACGCCAAGGUUAGGGAUAUAAAAGCUGGUGGUUUCGAAUUCGGUCGAGAUAGUGAAACUAGUGGAACAAUGAAGUGGAUACUUUUAUGUGUGUUUGUGGCCGGGGCCUAUGCAACGUGCGAGGACCAGAAUGUGGAGGCGUGCCCCUACGAUCCCUGCCUGGACCUGACAUGUGACGUCGAGGGAGCACAGUGCCAACCCGACGAAUGCGAGCCCUGUGAAGUCACAUGGACGGCGGAUUCUGCUGACGUGACUGAUCAGUGUGAGGUCGAUUCAGACGAGGACGAGGAUGGUGUUGGGCCGUUGACGAAAGAACAGCGUAAGGAACGUAGGAAGAAUCGCAAACAGACGUUUGUUAAGAGGAAGUUGGCAAAGAGGAUUGAAAAGAAGAAAGAGUGGAAGCAGAUGUCACCGGAAGACAAACAGGCGGCCAUUGAAGAGAAGAGAGAGAAGCUGGUACAGAAAUUGCUUGCAAAGGGAAAAGAAGACAAGGUUGAGCGCCUGCGUGAACGAUGGGCGGGGAAAACGGCGAGAAUUCAGGAAAGGAAAGACCAAUUGGCCGCCAUGACACCGGAAGAGCGCACGGCAUUUUUUGAGGAGAAGAAGGCGGCAAAAAAGGCAAGGAAAACGGAAAAGAGGAAAACGUUUGUUAAAGGAAAGAAAGAUCAGCUGAAGGCACGAAAACAAGUGAAGAAACAGGCGAGGCAGGACAAACGAGAGACAUAGGGACAAGACUAGAUAAAUCUCAGAUUGAUAUACUCAAUUUCAUUAUUGGUUUUAUAUCUUUUUAAUGUUGUUCUAUGCACUUUUUGUUGAUGAAACGAAUUCCAAAUGGGCAUUUACAUGUACUUUAUUUUAUCUAAACAGCAUUGUAAGAUUGAGAAAGUUCAAUAUUGUAAUCGUUGUUGUCACCAAGCAAAAGACAAAUCUUGAUUUACUGUUUUCUUGAAAAAAUAACUUUGGAUUGUUUUAUCUGUGGUGAACACAAAUAAUCUCAUCUCUUGGUCUUAAAAGAUUAUUUCAGGGAACAAACUAUGUGCUGUUCGUGACUACACGCAUCCCUUGGUCAUAGCGGUCAUAUUACUUGUUUGUGGUCUGACACCUUACAUGUUUAUAAUUGUGCCUUUUACGAUUUUGUAUGAUAAUUAUAUGUACCAAAACUUUUGUAAUAAAAAUUGUACCAAA